AUGCUAACUCCGACGCUGAUCACCGCGGCUGGAGCGAGACGUUCUGCAGCGUCUUGUACAGCAGCCGCACGUGGCAUCUCGACGUUCACACGAUCCUAUCCUUCCUUUCAAGUUUGUUCGGCUUCCUCGCAACCUCGAGCUGCAGCAGCGUUCUUCCAGCAAUCGUACCACCCUUGCGUCGUGGCUCUCUCUACGCCCGAGUCGUCGCAUACAGCACAGAGGAAGUGGAAGUCGCUAAGCGCAGCAGCAGCGUUAGCUGGUAUCAUAUCGAUUUACAGCGUUUCGUCUACCGACAGCAUCCGGCUAGAUGCUGUUGCAGCCAGCGGCACCGGCUCGAGGCUUACGUCGUUGAGCGGUGACGUGUCCAAGCAAGUGGUUGUAGAUGCGGAUACGAAUCUCAGCUUUCCAUUGUAUAUGCGCACGCCGGCCUCGUUGGCGUCGGAUGAGCCGCAGCCUCGUCUGCGAUUGGUCGGCCUGGGCGUUCGCACCGUCUCGUUCCUCCGCGUUCGCGUCUACGUCGCUGCGCUCUACAUGGAUGAAAGUGCGCUUCACUUUGACUCGUCAGCAGAAACCAUCGAACAACACAUGAAACACCUCCUCGACCAAGGCACACCAGCAGUCAUCCGAAUCGUCCCCGUUCGCAAUACCGAUUUUAACCAUCUGCGCGACGGCUUCAUCCGCGCUCUGCAAAACCGACUCAAGAAAGCCAUCAGACAGUCGCAAAUCGACGCAUCGCACGAGACGCAGUUCCAGCAAGAAAUCCAGCACGUCAAGGACGCUUUCCCGAAAGGCUCGGUGCCCAAAGGCAGUCCUUUGGAUUGUGUGAUUGUUCCGAGCGGUAACCAAAAGCCCGCAAGGAGUGGGUUGGUUUUCGAGUAUGGAGGAGAGGUGUUCGGUCAGGACACAGCUCGCGACGAGCUCAAGCACGAGGUCAAGCCGGUAGAUGCAUCGUUUACCGUGGCCAGGGAGCUGGUAUUGGCCUACUUUGCUGAGCAGGGCGAGAUCAGUACACCGUUCAAAAAGUCGGUUGCGGACGCACUUCUGGUGCAAAAGCAGCUGCCAACAAGUCAAUGA